GUGUGGCUUCACGUUUCUAAAGACAAGCACGCGUGACUAUAUACACAGUACAGAGUACAUCGUCAGUCGAUCGUUCUACUGCCUUCCUACCGGUAACUUCAUUCAGUGGUUCCCAGCAGUUGCGUCAUCCUUGACUUCACAAGUUUAUACCGCCGACGUCUUCCAGCAGCUUUGCACGGAGGCAGCCAGUCCAGGGAUUACAUACACACGAUAACCGCGAGCAGUAAUUAAGCAUCAACAACAAAACAUUAUCGCUUCUAUUACCCGCCAAUGUCAUGGCGGAAGAAAGCAAACACAAAUAAAAAAGGUGUUAUCAAAAGUGGCCUAUUCGUUUAGUAGUGCAAAGGAACGGAGCUCAUUAGGAUCGUUUCAAGAAGAGAUUGGUAGCGUUUUUCGGAGUUUUAAUACCGGUGAAAUUUACGUGGAAGUGGCGAAGUUGUAUAAUCUCAAUUGAAUGUGGUUUAUGCACAACGAUAUUUCGGAACUUUUGAAGUUGUUACUAUGGUUUCGGAAGAGAUAACUGUAUUCGAAUAGAAGAUGCACGAGAUAGUAAUAAAAAAAUCAACAAAGCGAUAAGAAGAGAUGAUGAUAGGAUUACGUCGAAAUGGUGCAGCAAAGUGCUUUUUAAUGAUAAGCUAUGAGUGUACAGGUCGACGCAUUUCAAAUUUUGUUUUUAAACUUGACGAAUGUCGUGCUGUCUAGUGUGCUAUGAUUGGAAUAGCCUGUUUAAUGUGACUGUUUCACUCUAUGCUUGACAAGAAAAGGACAAACCAUGGCGGAUCCAACAAUUCAAACGUUCUGCUGUCACAAUCGGAUACGUUCACCUCCGGCCGUUAAACUGAUGUCCGAAUUCAACACCGACGGGUACAUUGUAGUAUGUAUUGUUUCCUCGGUGUUCGGAAUAGCCGGUGCUAUCUAUCAGAUUUGGAUACGUAACGAAGACACCCCAGGCAUUCGUCGGAACAGAUCCGCCGGAUUGGAUUCCGGUUAUCGAACAGGGCGCACCAUAAUAGUUUGGCUCGCCGUAGCUGACAUGUGUGCCUCUUUCGGAGUGUUCGUUCGAUCGGCUCUGUGGAAGUACAUCAAGAACAUACUGCCACCCGACAUCAACGACAUCGACGAUGACGAUACGACAAAUGUGAUAUUCUGUGCUGUGUCGUCGGCAUGGAUCCAGUACUUCUACAUGUGUACCUGGCUGUGGACGCUGUGCUACGCUAUCAACGUUCGGCAGCAGCUGAGUGGAAACCGGGUGGUUCUACGGGUCUAUCAUAUGUUCGUGUGGAGUACAUCUGCUGUGCUAACUGCGUCCGGAUUGACGGUUCUGUACGUGCCGGAUGCUAAUUGUCACAAUGUUCAAGACAUGAGAACUGCCUACGUUAGAAUACUUCCAAAUUACCUUCUUACAUACGGACCGAUGAUUACAGUGAUGGUGGCUAAUCCAGUACUGUAUUUCACAGCUGCUAAGAAAGUGGAUCGGCAAUUAGUGGCACGCUUUAGCCAGAUGACAUCGAUAGAACGAGAUCUUAUGACAAAGUUCAAAAUGAAAUUCUUUCUAAUUAAUUUCGUCUUUUAUGUCUGUUGGAUACCGAAUCUAAUCAACGGUAUCAUCUUAUGGACCAGAUGGUAUUCGUUGCCAUACCAAAAUAUUAUUACCGUAUGGUACGUGAUGGCUAUAACAAAUCCUCUGCAAGCAUUUUUAAACACUUUGGUGUAUCAAAGGUGGAACUGUGUUUGGCCCUUGCGAAGGCACAACGGCAAUGGGAUUACUCGCGCAAGGCAACGAAUUCUUCACUCUUAUGGUGCAACGGAAGGUACCCCACUACUUCAGUCGCAAAUGUUCAAAGGUAAAAUUCAGCCAACAUCGUCUGUACUGUUGCAUGAUUCUCCAACGGAACUUAUUCCAAAUCCAUUGCGAAGUGUUAACUCCUGUACGAUGGUGUGACUCUUGUGGAGAAAGACUUCCAUUAUUUACGUAAACACAAAUUAAUAUUAAUUCCAUUUUUUGUAACUAAUUUAUGACAAUUCUUAAAUAUAGAAUAAGUUGUGUAUCGAAAGCUGUAUACCACUCUUCCAUUUUCUUCUUGGAGUCUUUACUUUAUUGACUGCUUUGUUAGGAUGUAAUUGUAGGAUAUGGAAUAAUACACUUAUUUUAACCAUGUUUGAA